AUGCAAACCGUUAUUGUGCUUUCAUUAAUGAUUUUGGCUGCAGUCGUCCUUUCGGCACCAUUGUCAAAAAAUCAGCAAACUCCACCAGCCGACGGACGAACACCACCAGCUGACGGACGAACACCACCAGCCAACGGUCAAACACCACCAGCCGACGGGCGAACACCACCAGCCAACGGUCAAACACCACCAGCCAACGGUCAAACACCACCAGCCGACGGGCGAACACCACCAGCCAACGGUCAAACACCACCAGCCGACGGGCGAACACCACCAGCCGACGGGCGAACACCACCAGCCAACGGUCAAACACCACCAGCCGACGGACGAACUCCACCAGCCGACGGACGAACACCACCGCCACAAAAGAAUCAAGUUGGUUAA